UGCGGUGGGCGGGGCGCCGCGCUGACGUUGCUCGGGAUGCGGGCAGGUUCCGCCGCCGCCGCCGCCUCAGCCUCAGCCUCCGCUGCCUCCGCCUCGCCUGCCACCGGGGUUUGUAUGAAAACACCGGGCGGCGGGCGGCGAGGAGUCCGCCGUUCUUCCAGAGAGCAGCCGCUGGCGGCCGACGCCGAGCCGGGUGCUGCGGCUCUGCUCAGCCCUUGCCAGCGCCCCGUCCUGAGCCGCCUUACCAAUAAUUCUCGGGUCGUGGGACUCCUGGCUCAGCUGGAGAAGAUCAAUACUGAAUCUUCAGAAUCAGAUACCGCCAGAUAUGUCACAUCAAAAAUUCUUCAUCUGGCUCAAAGUCAAGAAAAGACAAGGAGAGAAAUGACAGCCAAAGGUUCUACAGGAAUGGAAGUUCUGCUGUCAACCCUAGAGAACACGAAAGAUCUUCAAACUACACUUAAUAUCUUAAGCAUUCUUGUUGAGCUGGUGUCAGCUGGUGGAGGCCGAAGAGCAAGUUUCUUGGUCACCAAAGGUGGUUCACAAAUAUUGUUGCAGUUACUCGUGAAUGCCAGCAAGGAAUCUCCCUCGAAUGAGGAGUUGAUGGUGCAGAUUCAUUCUAUUCUUGCAAAGAUUGGACCUAAAGACAAAAAAUUUGGAGUGAAAGCUAGAAUUAAUGGAGCUCUUACUAUAACCCUGAAUUUGGUCAAACAAAAUUUGCAGAAUCAUCGCUUGGUUUUGCCUUGUCUUCAGCUUUUACGAGUAUAUUCUGCCAACUCUGUGAAUUCAGUAUCCUUAGGGAAAAAUGGAGUUGUGGAGCUGCUGUUUAAAAUCAUUGGACCAUUUAGUAAGAAGAAUUCGGGUCUCAUGAAGGUUGCUUUAGACACUCUUGCUGCAUUGCUAAAAUCAAAAACAAAUGCCAGAAGAGCUGUAGACAGAGGAUAUGUCCAAGUCCUUUUAACAAUUUAUGUAGAUUGGCACCGCCAUGAUAACCGGCAUAGAAACAUGCUCAUUCGGAAAGGAAUUUUACAGAGUUUAAAAAGUGUUACAAACAUCAAGUUGGGAAGAAAAGCAUUUAUAGAUGCCAAUGGCAUGAAAAUUCUGUAUAACACCUCACAAGAAUGUUUGGCAGUCAGGACUCUUGAUCCCCUUGUCAACACCUCUAGUUUGAUAAUGAGGAAGUGUUUUCCUAAAAAUCGCCUGCCACUCCCAACGAUUAAAAGUUCUUUCCAUUUCCAGUUGCCAGUUAUUCCUGUGACUGGGCCUGUGGCCCAGCUCUACAGUUUACCCCCAGAAGUGGAUGACGUAGUAGAUGAAAGUGAUGACAAUGAUGAUAUUGACUUAGAAGCUGAAAAUGAAACUGAAAAUGAAGAUGACGUAGAUCAGAAUUUUAAGAAUGAUGAUAUUGAAACGGAUAUUAACAAACUAAAACCCCAGCAGGAACCUGGACGAACGAUAGAAGAACUUAAAAUGUAUGAACACCUUUUCCCUGAGCUUGUUGAUGAUUUUCAGGACUAUGAUUUAAUCUCCAAAGAACCAAAGCCUUUUGUAUUUGAGGGAAAAGUACGUGGUCCUAUUGUUGUUCCUACGGCGGGAGAAGAGGCAUCUGGGAAUCCAGGCAACUUAAAAAAAGGAGUUGUCAGGAAUGCGAAUGUGUCUCCUAAAGGAGAGGAAGGUGAUAAAAAACCUACCUGUAUGGAUGUGGCAAAAGAAGAUAUUAAGAAUAAUGACAGAACAUCACAACAGCAGCUAGGUGAUCAAAACAGAACUAUUAUAUCCACCCAGGGCGUAAACAAUGAUAUUGUGAAGGCCUUGGACCGAAUUACGUUGCAGAGUAUCCCUUCCCAGACAGCCCCAGGUUUUACUGCAGGAGCCAAGAAGGACUACAAUCUCCCUCUUACCGUCCUCACGUGCACUAAAGCUUGUCCACACAUGGCCACUUGUGGAAAUGUUCUUUUUGAGGGAAGAACAGUUCAGCUAGGGAAACUGUGUUGUACUGGAGUUGAAACUGAGGAUGAUGAAGAUACAGAGUCUGUUUCAUCAGUGGAACAAGCGUCAGUGGACGUCUCUGACGGACCCACACUCCACGACUCAGAUCUCUAUAUUGAGAUUGUGAAAAAUACAAAGUCUGUCCCAGAAUAUUCAGAAGUGGCUUAUCCUGAUUAUUUUGGUCACAUUCCGCCUCCAUUCAAAGAGCCUAUUUUAGAAAGACCGUAUGGUGUACAAAGGACAAAAAUUGCUCAAGAUAUUGAGAGGUUAAUACAUCAGAGUGAUAUCAUAGAUCGAGUGGUAUAUGACUUAGAUAACCCCAAUUACACUAUUCCAGAAGAAGGAGAUAUUUUGAAGUUUAACUCCAAAUUUGAAUCUGGGAAUCUGCGCAAAGUAAUUCAAAUUAGAAAAAAUGAAUAUGAUCUUAUUUUGAACUCAGAUAUAAAUAGCAAUCAUUAUCACCAGUGGUUUUACUUUGAAGUCAGUGGAAUGCGACCGGGUGUUGCUUACAGGUUUAACAUCAUUAACUGUGGAAAAGUCCAACAGUCAAUUAAUUAUGGUAUGCAACCACUCAUGUAUUCGGUUCAGGAAGCAUUAAACGCAAGACCGUGGUGGAUUCGUGUGGGAACGGACAUUUGUUAUUAUAAAAAUCACUUCUCAAGAAGUUCAGUUGCUGCAGGUGGGCAAAAGGGAAAAUCCUACUAUACAAUUACAUUCACUGUCAAUUUUCCACAUAAAGAUGAUGUUUGCUACUUUGCUUAUCACUAUCCAUACACAUAUUCGACUUUACAGAUGCAUCUUCAAAAAUUGGAAUCAGCACACAAUCCUCAGCAAAUCUAUUUUCGAAAAGAUGUGUUAUGUGAAACCCUGUCUGGAAACACCUGUCCCUUGGUGACUAUAACGGCAAUGCCAGAGUCUAAUUAUUAUGAACAUAUCUGUCAAUUCAGAAACCGCCCUUAUGUUUUCUUAUCUGCUCGGGUACAUCCUGGAGAAACUAAUGCAAGUUGGGUAAUGAAGGGAACAUUGGAGUACCUCAUGAGUAAUAACCCUACUGCCCAGAGCCUACGAGAAUCCUAUAUUUUUAAAAUUGUCCCUAUGCUGAAUCCAGAUGGCGUCAUCAAUGGAAAUCACCGCUGUUCUUUAAGUGGAGAGGAUCUGAUAGACAGUGGCAAAGGUCCAAAUCCAGAUUUACAUCCUAAUUAUCAUGCUAAGGGGCUGCUACAGUACCUGGCUGCUGUGAAGCAUUUGCACUGGUACGUUUAUUGUGAUUAUCAUGGCCAUUCCCGAAAGAAGAAUGUAUUUAUGUAUGGCUGCAGCAUCAAAGAGACUGUAUGGCACACCAGUGAUAAUGCAGCUUCCUGCGACGUUGUGGAAGAUGGAGGAUACAGGACUUUGCCUAAGAUACUGAGCCAUAUUGCCCCAGCAUUUUGCAUGAGCAGCUGUAGCUUUGUAGUAGAAAAAUCUAAAGAAUCUACGGCACGUGUCGUAGUUUGGAGGGAGAUCGGGGUACAAAGAAGCUAUACCAUGGAAAGUACUUUGUGUGGCUGUGAUCAGGGAAAAUAUAAGGGUUUACAGAUUGGUACUCGAGAAUUGGAAGAGAUGGGAGCAAAAUUUUGUGUUGGUCUAUUGCGUUUGAAAAGACUGACGUCCCCAUUGGAAUAUAAUCUGCCUUCCAGCCUGCUUGACUUUGAAAAUGACUUGAUUGAAUCGAACUGCAAAGUAACUAGCCCUACCACUUACGUUUUGGAUGAAGAUGAGCCUCGAUUCCUUGAAGAAGUGGAUUACAGUGCAGAAAGUAAUGACGACUUAGAUACUGAAUUGGCGGAAAACGCAGGGGAUUUUGAACCUUCUGCUCAGGAGGAAGUACUUUCUGACUCUGAAUUAUCAAGAACAUACCUACCUUAAACCUUCUGCCAUCUCUUGAAAGUGCAAAACAGAAAGGAAAUAGCUUGUUUUUUCUUACACAGGAAGUUUGAGAGAAAUGAGUUAAUAGCUGACUCAAGAAAGACAAAAAGUAACUUGGGCCUGUUUGGUUUCAAGACAAUAAAUAUGUUAUUAAUUCAUGAUAAAAUUGGCACUUGUUUUAUUUUAGAUAUUCAGUGCACUUGAUAUGGCAUUGAAUGAUCAAAUAUGGGAUUUACUUUUUAAAACAAAACAAAACAAAACAAAACCUGAGUAUCAUUGCAUGACUUUUUAUCUUCUUAUGGUUAUAUCCUGCAUCAGAUGGAUACAUUUUGAAGUGUGUGAGACUAUAAAAUCUGAAUCCCGAGUUGUUGAAAACAAAUAUAUAUGUACAUGGAUUUCUCUAGCUGUGACUGUGUAGGGUGAGUAGAUACUGAAGAUAAGACUGUGCUUCAGAAUCAUGUUAACUGUGGACUUGUGACUGAAAUAACAGAGUUUGCCUCGAAAGCGUUACGUUCUCCACUUACCAAAUUAAAACAAAUAAAAGCUAUAUUAAAUGUUGAAUUCAUUUCGUCAUCCUUUUUAACCAGCUCAGAUUAUUUGAUUUAUAGAAUCUUUGUGAAGAUAUUCUAGAAAUCCAACAUCCGAGCACACUGAUAAAAAUUUGUUAAAAAAAAAAAAUGCUGAAUUUAUUAGUGUUAGGUUUUUUAGGGUAUAGGUGUACCUCUGAGUGUCGUAAACAAUAUAUUCGAACGGCUCUUUUCUCUAAAAGUGUGUCUCUUGGGUGCAUCUAGAGUGUGUAUCACAGUAGUUUGUUCCGCUUGAAACAUGCAGUGAGGAUACGAUACAGUGUUAAAUGUGUAUCUGUAUAUUAAGCAUAUUUAGCAUUUCCUGAGCUGUGUGAUGCUGACCUUGGCGUCUGAGUCUAGAUGACUGCAGUGACCGUAAGCCAUUCCUUGUAGUGACAUCUUUCCGGUUGAAGCUGCCCUGAUGCUGAAAUGACUUUGUCUUCACGUAGAAUAAAACUAGUUCAGCGACUUUGAAUAAAUGCCCUAAGAACUAAGGUUCUGUUGUAAUAAAACAAAUCUGAAAGAGAUACCUCAUUAACAGAUUCUUGCCAGAUUUUGGUACAUUUGGUGCUUCUGUUUUGGUACAUUAUUCCUGAUUAGAAAUUUUUAAUCUUUUUUUUUUUUAAACCUAUAAUGAAAAGAAAUGAUAAAAUGUAUGUCAGAUUUUUGCAUUUUCCAAGUCAGUGAUUUUCACUGUAUCAUUUGAGGCAUUUUCUCCAUAGUGUAGCUCAUUUUUGACAUCCUAGCAACUAUGUUUAAAAACAUAGUAUGGGGCAGUUGAUAGAGUUCUUUUUCUCUUAGUAGCCUAAGUCUUAAUUAAUCUCAGAAAAUAGAAGACUAGAUUUUGAGGAUUGGCAGUCCUCUUGGUGUGUUGAUUAGCUAAUUUGGGAAAGAUCAGGAUACUUUAACAAAGCAAAAUAUUAUUUAUUUAAUAAUUUAUCUAAUAAUUCAUAAAGUUAUUUAUUUUAAUUUAUAUAUUUCACAUAGAAAAUAAUUGCAUAUUUAAUUAUGAUUUUUUUCCAGAGAGUGGAAUAUGGAGCCACUAUGUAUGUAAAUUUUUCUUGAUUCUUAUAAAACUAGAAAUGGAAACAAGGUAUCCAUGUAUGAGAAGCAAUUACAGUUACUAUAGUGUGCAGAUAACUCAAAACUUCAAUUUAUUAUGUUGACAGUGUAAAAAUCCCUUGUUGCGUACUAUUAUAAAAUUUCGUAUGGGUGACAUCCAUCUUUUAGUAUAUGUUACAAACCUGAAUAUGCCUUUUAUUAAAUCAUUAUUCACAAGGUUGAAGAGAAAGUCUUCUAUAGUUAAGAAAUGAUUUUUCCCUUAAUAAAUAGCUUUGGAAAAAUAAAAAUUUAAAAUCCUAACUUUCUGAAUUAGUGGGUGAAACUGUCACUGACUAUUAGUAGCUAAAAUUGCCCUACAUUUUAUCUCUGUGGCUAUUUCUUUUCAGGAUUUUCAGAGAAUGUUUGAGAUGCCUUCAGUGACAUAACCCUGAAAAAGUAAUGCAUAGCUGACAAACUGAACCUAGUGAUAGAGUUUAGACGGAUUUGAUUUGCCUUGUGUUUGGAACUGCGAAUUUCUUAAAUGUGGUUUUGGUCUGAUCCAGUGGUUCUCGUACUGUGUUGUGUACGUCAGAAUCACCUGGAGGACUUGCUUCCCAAAUCAGAGAUUGCUGAUCCAGUGUGGCUCUGGGCAGGGCCCCAAAUGUGCAUUUCUUAAAAAUUCUCAGGUGGUCAUGCUGUAGGAACCCCGCUGGGAGAACCACUGUCCGAUCUGAUGUGCUCCCUCGGCCUCCAGUUUCCUAGGAGUCGCAGGACCUGUGAACUGUAGAUCAGCACCAGGGAUGGUUUAGAUCAGACUCAGGUGUAGAAUCAAGACAGUAGACGCACAGAGGUCAAGCAGGAUCACCAUGUUCAGGGUUUCACCCCAGGUCUGCAGGCGACUAGCCUCGUGUUCUUGCCGCAGAAGGAGGUGCUGUCCUUGGCCUUUCCCUCAGAACGUGAAAAGCUUGAGGGUCUUUGUUUCUUGAGUCUGUGAAAUUUAUCCAGGAAAGGCAGAAUGCAAAAAAACCUGUGGUUCACAUCGGCAUUUCCUUUAUUGCAGUCAUACUAUUGUUUGAAGAAAGGGUUUCGUCCCGCUUUAAGUACCCUUCCUUACUCAGUUCCUGCCACGUCUGCCGCUGGUGUUGGGUGUUCAGAGACACGGACGUUUGUUUGAUUCUAAUUACAAAUAAGUAACUUGAAGUUCCACUUCAGAUAUGCACUAACAGCAAUGAAUAUGCUACUUCAACAUUUUAAAUAUCCAAGUGAAGAUGACCGUAUUAUUAUAAGCACUAAAGUGGAUAAUAUAAUAAAUGUACUGAUGGAAUUGUCUUUGUGCAUGAUCCAGAAAUAAAUGACACUAAUGAAACCA